GUCCAUGACGAGAUGAUGAUCAUGGAGUGGGAACAUUUCCAACUGACAGCCUCAGACGACAAGCUGAGUCUGCAGCCCAUCGUCAUCGGCAACAACGUCACUGGUGUCAGGGGCUGUCCGCCCCAGCCCGCGGCGGCGCAGCAGCUGUGCGCCAUCUGCGGCGACCGCGCCACCGGCAAGCAUUACGGCGCCAGCAGCUGCGACGGAUGCAAGGGAUUCUUCCGUCGCUCCGUCCGCAAGAACCACGUGUAUUCGUGCAGGUUCCAGCGAGCAUGCGUUAUGGACAAGGAUAAGAGGAAUCACAGUCCAGACGAGCGGGACCGAAUCAGUUGCCGCCGCCCCAGCUAUGACGAAAACUCGGGUUCUGGCACUGGGAUCACCCUUGCCGCUCUUCUCAACGCUGAAAUGUACUCUAGACAGGUGACACCUGUGAAUGUUGAUGAUUGUGACAUAUCUUCGAAGCGCGUAGCCAACAUCUCCGAUGUCUGCGAAUCCAUGAAGCAACAGCUACUGGUUCUUGUUGACUGGGCCAAAUACAUUCCCGCCUUCUGUGAACUACCCCUCGACGAUCAGGUGGCUCUCCUGAGGGCGCACGCUGGAGAACACUUGUUGCUGGGUCUGGCGCGUCGAUCUGUCCACCUUCGUGAUACUCUCAUAUUAGGAAACGAUUUCAUAAUUCCUCGCCAAUCUCCAGAGGUCGAGAUCAGCCGGAUCGGAUGUCGCAUCAUGGACGAAUUAACGACUACCCUCCGAGACACCAAAGUCGAUGACACCGAAUUCGCCUGCCUCAAAGCCAUUGUCUUCUUCGACCCUUACGCCAAAGGCCUUUCAGAUUCUAGUCGCAUCAAAGCCCUGCGUGAUCAAAUACAGACAAACCUGGAGGACUACGUGAAUGAUCGGCAGUACGACAGCCGGGGCAGGUUUGGGGAGAUCCUACUUCUUCUGCCAGCCCUACAGUCGAUCACGUGGCAGAUGAUCGAACAGAUCCAAUUUGCAAAGCUCUUCGGCAUGGCGCGCAUCGACAAUCUCCUACAGGAAAUGCUUCUUGGAGGAGCUUCAUCAGAAUCUUCAACAUUAACAUCCUCCAUAUCUCUAACCGAUACGAACGUCUCACUACCCUCCGUUGACCUGAGCAACGGACAUCACCCGGACACUCCCAUCCCAUCCCCCGUGGACGAGUUCACCAAAGCAAAUCCCCUCAUAGAAGGGCAGGCCUUCAAGACAGAACCAGAAGUCAACUUUUGACAAGAACAAGUUCCUCUUGGAAUCCAGAAAUCAUUCCAUUUAUCAUAAUGGGACAUUCACGAGAACUCGGGAUCUUUGAAUUGUGCACAUAACUCUCUCAUUCUGGACGAAUUGGAAGAGUAGCAUAAGCAAAAUAUCAAUGCGUCUCAAAGUAAUCAGGUUGUUUUGCGGCAGGUUGUUUUUCGAUAGCCAAAUGGAAGAUCUUUAGGAAAGAAACUUCUGUUUGUGUUCUGUUUAUCAUUUUGUUCUUCUUGAAGAGUUGAUAAGAACGGUAAAAAAUUGGAUACCAGAGCCUAACUAACCACGUGUCUAUGGAGCUGGGCACCGAAAUGGUGUUGAUUAUUUUCUUUCUUCUCAUUUUUUAAUCAAGUCUCGCAUCAUAGCUAUCACUUUAGCGUACAUUUUAAUUGGGUUAGUGCACUAUAUAUGAGGCAGUGAGAAGCAAAGGGGUGCAAGUGGAUUUUUUUUAAGUUUCGAGAAAAGCUCAUUUGAAGUUCACAUCCUAGGUAGGCUUUCAUUGAUUUUUUUUUUUCUAAACCAUGCUGUAUAGCAGAACCUACAAGGUCUACUGGUACUAUCCCUUGCACCAACUCAGAGGAGAGGUUCGCCUACUGUUUGUACAGGUUAUCUCGAAAAUUUUCAUUUUGGCAUUUGCAUCCCUUUGUUUCACUCUAAACGCAACAAUUUCCAAAAUGACGAAAAAUACUCAAAUUUGAACACAUCGCGAAUCAAAAUGGCUCCGACUACGUGAUAUUCAAGUACUCAUCAAACACUCAAAUCAACAUGAGUGCUUAUUUUUGAGGUAUUUGUGCUUAUUUUUGAAUAAGUAAUAAUUUCAAAACUGAGUAUUAUGUACUCAUAUUUGAAACAAAAGGUUUCAAGAAAAUUUGAAUGCAUGAAUGUACUCAUUUUUGAAAACCUCAUUUUUCUCAGUGAUUCUCAGUGCCUCAUAUGGGUAUGAAUGUUUGAUUGGUUUUCUAGUGCAGAACACUUUGGAUAUGCACAUUUUCUUGCGUAGGAAGGGGUGGGGGGAGGGGGUAUCAACUUUAUCUAGGAUCUAAGCAUCACUUUGGCUUGAGCGGACCCUGCUCUUAACUAAAAUAAUUUGGAAUAGUGAAAAAGUCCUUUUACGAAAUAAACGCAAAUAUGAUUUAACUAAAAAUACCAUCACACGUUAAGUAUUUUAAUAGAAGAACUUAAAACCAGGGUUACAAAGUCGGAGUCAGUCUAGUUUUUGGCAAAGGAGACGGAAUCGGAGGCUUUAAAAUACCAAAAGUAGGUGUCGGUAAUUUUUCCUCCGGCUCCGCAGCCUCCCGCUUUCAACUAACUUUUUAAAGAAUUGUUUCAAAAUGAAAAUAAAUGCAAUGCGGUUUUAUUUUUUAUAGGAUUAAAUGAAUAUCCACUGAAAUAAAUUCAAAUUUACACUAUUAAGCAGGCACGGAUCCAGAGGGGUCUUUGGGGCAAUCCCCCGCCUCCUCCCCUAAACCGAUCAAAGGUAGCCUAAAAAUGCACUUUAUGGACUUAUAUUUCAAAAAAUUCUCCCUAGCACCCCUCAGUUAUGCCAAAAAAAAAAAAAAAAGACUAAUGACCGCUUCUCCCUUCCAGAAAUGACCCCAUCCAAAACCAGAACCUGAUGGAUCCGCCCUUGCUACGUAUUAAGUUAAUCUCAAAACAAUAAAUUGAAUUGUACGCUAAAAGGUUUAUUUCCAAACAUUAUCAUGUUGAACCAUUUUUAUAAUGCUAACAUUCCAGAGUGUUUAAGAGUAAGGAAUAAAAAAAAUUAACGGCGUAUUUAUUGCAUUUUGAAAGAUGUUUUUUACAUUAUUAUUUAUCAAAUAUUCAUGAGGAGUGAAGAAAUAACUUUUCUGCUAAGAUGUUCAAUGCAUUUUUUGUGUGUUUUGUAAAAACAUUAAAAAUAAAAAAAUGUAUAGUAAAAAAA